AUGGAUGACCCACUGAGCGAUGUGUCGAAGAUUGCAGAGGGGUGCCCUGCGGUGGGGACAGCGCCAGAUGUCCAGAAGGCGAAGAGGGACAGGCACCGGAGGAGGAUGUCGUCGCUGAGCGAGUUUAACGACCCGUUCUCGAACGCGGAGAUAUACUACGGGCCUGCGACUGACCCGAGGAAAACCGCGCCGCCGAAACAAUUCAAUAGAACACGGACCAUGAGUGUCUUUGGGAACGUCUCGGAUUUCAAAAAGGGGUUUUUGAAGGAUCAUCAUUUGAAGAGACGCGGUUCUGAGGACGAUUCGUAUCUGAGCAGUAAGGGGAACAGGAAGUUUUUCAUCGAGGAUGUGGAUAAGACACUGGAUGAGUUGCUCACGAGUGAGGAUACAGACAGGAAUUACCAGAUCACCAUCGAGGACACAGGGCCCAAAGUGUUGAAACUGGGGACCGCUAACUCGGGCGGGUACAAGCACGUUAACGUGAGGGGCACGUACAUGCUGUCCAAUCUGCUGCAAGAACUGACUAUUGCGAAAUCGUUUGGGAGACACCAGGUUUAUUUGGAUGAGGCACGGAUCAAUGAAAACCCGGUAAGUAGACUGUCAAGGCUGAUUACAAACCAGUUUUGGAACAGCUUGACAAGAAGAGUCGACUUGAACAACAUUGGUGAGAUCGCAGCAGAUACAAAGAUCGAUACUCCAGAGGCCAAGAACCCAAGAAUCUACGUGCCUCACAACUGUCCAGAACAGUACGAGUUCUAUAUCCAGGCUUCGCAGAUGCACCCAUCCAUGAAACUGGAAGUGGAGUAUUUACCAAAGGAUAUCACUCCAGAGUACGUCAAAUCUUUAAACAGAACACCAGGUUUACUCGCUUUGGCGAUGGAGGAGCAUGUGAACCCAUCCACAGGUGAGAAAUCGCUCGUUGGGUACCCCUAUGCAGUUCCGGGGGGGAGAUUCAACGAAUUGUACGGUUGGGACUCCUAUAUGAUGGCAUUAGGACUCUUGGAGAGUAACAAGAUUGACAUCGCAAGGGGCAUGGUAGAACACUUCAUAUUCGAGAUCGACCACUACGGGAAGAUCUUGAACGCUAACAGAUCCUACUACCUGUGCAGAUCGCAACCACCUUUCCUAACAGACAUGGCCCUCGUCGUGUUCGACAGAAUCGGCGGCGCACAUAACCCUAACGCUAUCAGCUUCUUGAAGAGAUCCUUCGCCGCAGCGAUCAAGGAGUACAAGACUGUGUGGACCGCGGAACCAAGGUACGACCCUGAAUCUGGCCUGUCGUGCUACCACCCUGACGGGAUCGGUAUCCCACCAGAGACAGAGCCAGAACAUUUCGAUACCAUUUUACUGCCCUAUACAAGAAAGUACUACACAACUUUCGAAGAGUUCAGGGAACUGUACAACGACAAUGAUGUUAAAGAACCGAAAUUGGACGAGUUUUUCCUGCAUGACAGAGGCGUAAGAGAAUCGGGCCACGAUACAACUUAUAGAUUCGAAGGUGUCUGCGCGUAUCUGGGGACCAUCGACCUCAACUCGCUUCUUUACAGAUACGAGAUCGACAUCGCGAAUUUCAUUGAGAAGUAUUGCGGGAACAGUUACAAGGAUCCAAACGAUGGAUCCGUGACAACGGCUCAGGACUGGAGGAAACUGUCCGAGGUGAGAAAGGCAAACAUCAACAAGUACCUGUGGGAUGAAGAAUCCGGGUUCUUCUUCGAUUACAACGUGAAGACAAAGGAGAGAACAUCGUACGAAUCUGCAACAACUUUCUGGGCACUAUGGGCUGGCCUUGCCACAGAAAAGCAGGCAAAACUCAUGGUGGAGAGGGCUUUACCGAAAUUGGAAAUGCUUGGAGGGAUCGUCGCGUGCUCGGAACGCUCUAGGGGGCAAAUCUCAAUCAAUAGGCCCAUCAGACAGUGGGAUUACCCAUUCGGUUGGGCGCCUCACCAAAUUCUAGCAUGGAAGGGGUUGACGGACUACGGGUAUGAGAACGUCGCGAGAAGACUAUCGUACAGAUGGCUUUACAUGAUGACAAAGGCGUUUGUCGAUUACAACGGUAUCGUGGUCGAGAAGUACGACGUGACAAGAGGCACGGACCCACAUCGUGUCGAUGCGGAGUACGGGAAUCAAGGUGCAGACUUCAAAGGUGUCGCAAAGGAAGGUUUUGGCUGGGUCAAUACAAGUUACUUGCUCGGUUUGAAAUACAUGGACAAUCAUGCAAGAAGAGCCCUUGGUGCCUGUAUCCCACCAAUGCCAUUCUUAAAGAGCUUGAAACCUAGUGAGAAGGAGCAAUACGCAUGUGGCACUAUAUCCUAG